AUGACUGGAGUCUUUGACAGUCUGGUGGCUGAUAUGCACUCGACCCAGAUCACCGCCUCCAGCACGUACCACCAGCACCAGCAGCCCCCGAGCGGUGCCGGCGCCGGCCCCGGCGGCAGCAGCAACAGCAGCGGCAGUAACGGCAGCCUGCACAAGCCCCAGGAGUCGCCAACCCUCCCGGUGUCCACGGCUACCGACAGCAGCUACUACACCAACCAGCAGCACCCGGCGGGCGGCGGCGGCGGCGGCGGGGGGGCCUCGCCCUACGCGCACAUGGGCUCCUACCAGUACCACGCCAGCGGCCUCAACAACGUCUCCUACUCCGCCAAAAGCAGCUACGACCUGGGCUACACCGCGGCGUACACCUCCUACGCGCCCUACGGAACCAGUUCGUCCCCAGUCAACAACGAGCCUGACAAGGAAGACCUCGAGCCUGAAAUCCGGAUAGUGAACGGGAAGCCAAAGAAAGUCCGCAAACCACGCACCAUCUACUCCAGUUUCCAGCUGGCGGCCCUUCAGCGGCGCUUCCAGAAGACCCAGUAUCUGGCGCUGCCAGAAAGAGCCGAGCUGGCGGCUUCUCUGGGCCUCACCCAGACUCAGGUCAAAAUCUGGUUCCAGAACCGCCGAUCCAAGUUCAAGAAGAUGUGGAAAAGCGGUGAGAUCCCCACGGAGCAGCACCCCGGAGCCAGCGUGUCCCCACCUUGUGCCUCCCCGCCGGUCUCGGCGCCAGCCUCCUGGGACUUCGGCGCGCCGCCGCAGCGGAUGGGGGCCGGCGGCCCGGGCAGCGGCGGCAGUGGCGCGGGCAGCUCCGGCUCCAGCCCGAGCAGCGCCGCCUCGGCGUUCCUGGGAAACUACCCGUGGUAUCACCAGGCUUCGGGCUCCGCUUCGCACCUGCAGGCCACCGCGCCGCUUCUGCAUCCCUCGCAGACGCCGCAGGCGCACCACCACCACCACCAUCACCACCACGCAGGCGGGGGCGCCCCGGUGAGCGCGGGGACGAUUUUCUAA